AUGGCAUCGACAUCGACAUCGCCAUCAACAUCACCAUCACCAUCAAUAACGUCGUCGUUACCCCUAGCGGUGGCGUCGUCCAGGAGAGUGUCCACGGCGACGUCACCGCUAGUGAUAGCAUCAUCGUCCAACAAAGUGUCAACGGCAACGUCGAUGGAUAAAGAUACGGCGACAGCGGAAACGGCGACAGCGGAAACGGCGACGGCGGUAACGGCGACGGCGGUAACGGCGACGGCAAGACCAACCUCAACGAGGCAAGUAAAAAAGCGUAUAAAUGCAGCGGUAAAACAGGCGGUGAACCGCGAGAGACGACGAAAGAUACAGGCAAGAUACAGGCCUGCAUCAUCCGUAUAUGUGCCAACACAAUAUGUGCACACAUCGCCCGCACCGUCUCUGUAUAUGGCCGCAUCGCCAGCAUCGGUAUAUAUACCCGCACCAUCCGCACCGCUCGCCCCAUCAACACAAUUAGGAUACGGGCCGGCACCAUAUGGAUAUGUGCCCGCACCAUCCGCACCGCCCGUACUACCUACACAAGUUGGAUACGAGCCGGCACCGUAUAGAUAUGUGCCCGUACCACCCGCACCGCCUGCACCAUCAGUACAAUUAGGAUACGGGCCGGCACUGUAUGGAUAUGUGCCCGCAUCAUCCACACCACCUGCAUCGUCCGCCCCAUCAGGACAAUUAGGAUACGGGUUGGUAUCAUAUGGAUAUAUGCCCGCACCAUCAGGACCGCCUGCACCACCUACACAAAUCAUCUUCAGUAUUGGUAAAAAGUCAAGUAAUAACUUUGAAAUUGUGACGGAUGUGCGAUUUGAAAACUUAUUGUAUGAUUGA